CGCGCACCCCAGGGCGCAAAAACGUGAGCAUCCCGGCCUUCUUCCCAGGAACAGGCUACAGCCACCUCUGGUGGAACUGCCCGUCCGUUUCUUCUGUCCUUCCCGGUGCGGCGCCGUAGCCUUGGCUCCCUCUCCCCGUGCUCUUCCCGGGGGGCACUUUCCACGACGCCCCUCCGCCGCCCCUCCCGCUGGGGAGACUCUCUUCCUUCCUUCCCCCUUUCCCCUUGCGCAAUAGACAGAAAAGCGUAAGGCGCUGGCAGCUUCCAUUGCUUCUGGGCGGUUGUGUGCGGGCGGCUGGGUUGAGAGUGCUUGCGUGAGCGGCAGGCCGCGGUGGCUACUACCCGCGUGGGCUUUUGGCUAUAGGUCGUGUGCGGGAGUGUGAAACCCUACACUGUUUGGGUGUGGGGAUUCCGACCUUCCUCAGGCCUUCUUCGUUUUAUUCGUUGUAUGUAAAUUACCCCGUUUCCCUUCUCAACAAGGUCGGUCCUGUGUGUGUCGCGGUGUGUGACUUUGGACAAAGUGUUCGGCUGGCUUCGUUAUGCCGGGAGGGUGUGAUCUCCACCCUGUGAGGUUGUGUGUCUGUGAGCGAUUGCAUGUGACUGAUGUCGCUGUGUCAUGUUGGACAGUGUGCUGGUCUGCCUACACCGGCUUGUGGGACAGAGCUGGUUUGUGCUCAUCUGCUUUCUUCCUCUGGGGCUGGACCAUGUGUGGUCCUGUCCACCGAGAGUCCUGUGCCUGUGUGCCUGUGUCCUUUAGAGACCGCGCAGGACCUCACGGCUAGCUAAGUAACUGCUGGCCUCUCAGCGAGAACCCGGAAAGCACAGCUCUGGGGUCCUACCUUAACCCAUCUCCAGAGGAGUGGUGGAGGUCCUAACCAGACGGCCCGGUCUCUCUAAAUAUGCCCCAGGAUGACGGAGCGGCCGCCGAGCGAGGCGGCACGCAGUGACCCUCAGCUAGAGGGACAGGACGCGGCUGAGGCCCGAAUGGCCCCCCCGCACCUAGUCCUACUCAACGGCGUCGCCAAGGAGACGAGCCGCACAGUUUCGGCGGAGCCCCCUGUCAUCGAGCUAGGCGCGCGCAGCGGCGCGGGGGGCGGCCCCGCCAGUGGGGGCGGUGCCGCAAGGGACUUAAAGGGCCGCGACGCGGUGGCAGCAGCCGAAGUGCGCCAUCGGGUGCCCACCACUGAGCUGUGCAGACCUCCCGGACCCGCCCCGGCGCCCGCGCCCGCCUCGGCCCCUGCAGAACUUCCCGGCGACGGCCGCAUGGUGCAACUGAGCCCGCCCGCGCUGGCAGCCCCCGCCGGCCCCGGGCGAGCGCUGCUUUACAGCCUCAGUCAGCCGCUGGCCUCGCUAGGCAGCGGGUUCUUCGGGGAGCCGGAUGCCUUCCCUAUGUUCACCAACAACAGCAGGGUGAAGAGGAGACCCUCCCCAUAUGAGAUGGAGAUUACUGAUGGUCCUCACACCAAGGUAGUGCGGCGCAUCUUCACCAACAGCCGGGAGCGAUGGCGGCAGCAGAACGUGAACGGGGCAUUUGCUGAGCUCCGCAAGCUGAUCCCCACCCACCCACCAGACAAGAAGCUAAGCAAGAAUGAGAUCCUGCGCCUCGCCAUGAAGUACAUCAAUUUCUUGGCCAAGCUGCUCAAUGACCAGGAGGAGGAAGGAUCCCAGCGUGCCAAGCCUGGCAAGGACUCUGUGGUGGGAGCUGGUGGGGGUGGGGCAGGGGGUGGCAUGCCCCCUGAAGACCUUCUACAGGACGUGCUUUCCCCCAAUUCCAGCUGUGGCAGCUCCCUGGAUGGGGCAGCCAGCCCGGACAGUUACACAGAGGAGCCAACUCCCAAGCACACUGGACGCAGCCUCCAUCCUUCUCUGCUGCCUGCAGCGGAUGGGGCUGGCCCUCGGUGAUGCUGCGUCUGGGGCUGCCCAGGGCCGGCAAGCAGGGGACUUUAGGCCCCUGGAUUGCAGGGCUUCAGGGCAGGUAGGAUGAGAAGUAGGACAAAGGACUUGAUGAACUUCCCUUGCAGACUGAGCUUUGGGAAGUCCCAACUGACCCUGGGCUGGCGUUUCUGUUUCCUGCCUGGAAACGGAAGAAAACGGAGCGAAGCAGUAGGUACUUUAUCUGAAGAUGGCACGGUCUUUUCCCUUUCCCAUCCCCCACGACCUCCCAAUUAUGAGGCUCAAGUUGUCAAUGUUUUUGGUCUAGAGUUUGUGAGCCUUGUUUUGGACAAGAUCUGGCCUCUGCCUUGCCUUUAGGCCAUCCCGAGCUGGCUGGGGUGGCUUUUGUGGCAGCUUCUGUUCAAAUAUAUAGGUACCCAAGAGCUGCCCGUUUCUUCUUGAGCCCCAUCUACACCUAGGUCCGUGUUUGAUCCAUCCAGCUUGCCAGCUGCUGCGGAGAGUCAAGCCUCGAGGUGCCUUCUUCAGGGCCUGGUUGGAAAAGAUGGCCAGUGAACAGACAGCCCGCUCUCAACCAGCUGGGCGAGAAAAACCCAACAGCCCUCCUUGCUCGGGGAAAAUCAGAGCUCUGGUUUUCCCCCUACUGAGACUUGCCUUCCUAUCCUGUGGCUGUGAGCACCAAGUCAGCAGCUUUGAGCUCGCUCUGUUGGGCUGUGCGCAGGCACAGAAACGGAAAGUGACAUUAGGGUGAAAUAAAGCAAGAUUGU